GUAUAUGUCAAUGUAAUUAAAUGUAAGGAAAUAUGGCAGUAAGGGAAAUGAUAGAUCAACAAGGAGCUGAUCAUUGCACCAGCCAGUUAGCUCUAGAUAUUUCGUUGUGAAAGCGUAUUUAAGACGAAAGGUAUACUACUUUGGUAUUGGUUAUUCAAAGAGGCACAAAUUUCUAGUGUGACAUAUCGCCUUCGAGAGGAAAAAGAGUGUCCGAAUAUCAAGUCAAUGAAACUUUUUUCGCUUCUUUCACAGAUCUACGACUUGUCAUGUCUUCCAAGCCCUUAGAUAAGCAAGCCUCUAAAACACGAGGAUCAGCUGAAGACGAUGGAUCUUUGUCAGGGAAACAGAAAAGAAGAGAUGCUUCCUUUAGCUCAGGACAUACCAAAAGUGACGGGCCCUAUUGAUGCUGAUCGUUUUGCACUUGCUCGUAUUAUGGAAAUCAAUGACAUGCAGUCUGCUAUUAAGAAAGCAAGUUUUGCAUUGACUGAACUUGCUUUUCAAUCACUUCCUCGUGGUCUUCGUCGACGUGCAGCAAGUCAUAACAUCAACCGACUCCCUGCUCGAUUAAGAGCUAAAGCAGCCAGAGAGGCUUUUAAGUCUGCACCUGGCAGUAAACUUGUUCGUAAAAAAAUCAAGAAGAUUAAGACACCCAAAAAUACAGUCCAAGAGUUCUUGAGAAGACAAAAAUCUAAGAAAUGGUUAGAGACACACAUGUGGCAUACAAAGAGAAUGAAAAUGAAUGACAUCUGGGGGUAUCGCAUUGCUUCUCGUCCAAACACAAAGUCUGUCCGUAUCACCUAUCGUUCGUUUACUCGACUGUCUAUUGUGCACGAUGCCUCUUAUAUGGGAUGCAUUGAAUUAAAAGGCAAUACAGAGGAAAUCAUUCGAGCACUUGAUACAGUGACAGAUGCUGGAUCACCUUCUGUUGGCAGUGAAAGAUACAUUAAAGGCAAUCGUUUAGGAUCAACGCACUUGUAUGAAUAUCUAGGAUAUCCAACAAAACUUAUUUGCCCUAUUACAUUCUUGUGGAAACCAUCCAAAGACGCUCUCUGGCUAUGGGCUCAUCCUUCCGCUUUUAAUGAGGCCAUGAUAUUUAUAAAAAAGGCUUUGCAAGAGACAAAAUCUAACAAUGUACACAUAUCCGAUUUAAGAGAUGACAUUUUGCGGUUUGACUUGACAGGUCCACGCUCGACUGCACUUUUGCAGGCUAUUCUUGAUCCUGUGGCGGAUCAAGACAUCAAAGGAAAUCAAGUCUGGCAAGACCUGAGUCAGCUUCGCUCCUCUUCUUCUUUGUCUCCUGGUUCUGUUAUUGGUCUGGUUGUGAAUGAUCCACGAUUAAGGUAUGCCCCUAGAACAAAUGAAAUUUCAGCUAAAGAACAACAAAAUAUAAUGCACAUCUUGGAAAACUGGCCAAAAGACAUUGCAGAUACAUCUAUUUGGGAUAAACAAACCAGAGAAAUGCUUUUCAAUACCAGAAUUCCAGAAUAUGCCCUUAACUUACGCCGUGAGAACAACAUGAUUCCAGGCACUAAACUUGAGCCUACAGCCAAAGAUAGUAAGAUACCUAUACUAUUAAUCCAACGAGGAGAACCUGCCUUUAAUACACCCAAUGUGGUACAAAACUCACUUGCUUCCAAUGAAUAUAUUCAAGGAUGGACCUUAAUUCUUCCUCGAGGAUUCGGUAUGGCUUUCUGGAAAUCGCUUAUUUUUGCUGGUGCUCGUGUAGCUGGCUAUGACGAUAUUCGUGCCAUGCAUUUUGAAAGUGGGUUCCCUAGUUUCCCACAAGACUAUCCUGGUACUCGUGCAUUUGAAGCCCAUCGAUCUUUUAUCAAGACAAGCUUGGAAUCAGCAUGGCAAAAGCGACCUCCUGCCAAACGUGUCAAUUACAAAAAACGUGGUAUUGAUCAUCCUUUUGAAUGUGCAUUCGAAACAUUAUCUUCAGUCGAGCAUAUGGAAAUCGAGCCCGAGUGUAACUUACCCAUUCGUCCUCACUAUGCAUUGAUACAUGGAAGACCUUUUGUGUCCUCUGUCAUUUCAGGCUCAGAAGAUUAUAACCAGAAACUUGAGCUAUACUCUACAAAGCAGGGUAUCCAUCUUCAACCAUUGAUCUUAGAAGAUGCUCUUGUAAAGAUUCGUUUACGCUAUAUUGACCGUGGAAAACCAGCUCCAAAUGCGUUAGUAUACAUGAUAAGAGACAAUGAAAUAUAUAAUCAGUGUGCAUCCGCUGUACGAUGCAGAUCAUCCAUCAAAGCAAACAAAAGAAAGCUUAAAGAAUUCAUAGAAGCACAGUCAGAUAGAAAGAAGGUAACACAGGCUAAAGUGACUGUAUUCACACUAAUCGUCUUCACUAGGAGCCUAUUCCAAUGCCUACAAGAGCAGAUCAUAUCGGCUAUAUAACAAAAGGUGACUUUUCUUUGUCUUUAGGUUAUGGCUUUGGUAUUGGUGCUUGUACAGUUACCAGUAUAAGAGAGAUUGAUUCUUUAGAUCAGUUGGGUAAGAGAACAAUCAAAAGAGUUGUAUUGGUAAGAAACCCCUCCUCUCUCGAAGUUAGACCUGCCCAACUUGAAAUUUUAUGUUAAUAAAACUGGGUCAAAAUAACCAUUUAUUACUUUU